AUGGUCUCUUCCGUCUUCGCCGGCCUCGUGGCCGUCGCAGGCAUUGCCUCUGCUCUUCCGCAGUCCACCCCUACCGGUAGCAGAUCUUGCGAGGUGAUCGGAAGUGGAAACCAAGACGGACAGUACACUGUCACAUGUGGUGCCGAUCGACCGGGAGGUGACCUCAGCAAUGGCCAGGCCGGUUCAUUCGAGGGCUGUAUGCCUAUGUGCGAUCAGCUGGCCGGCUGCAUUGGAUUUGCCUGGGUUGAAGGCUAUGGGGGUGGUACCUGUUACUUCAAGAGCAGCCUGGUUGAUCAGAUCAAUGCAUCCAAUGUCGACAUGGCAGUCAAGCCUGAUUCUUCGGCUUCCUCUAUUGCAUCGACCAGCUCUAUUGUAUCGACUAGCUCUGUUGCGACGAGCAGCUCCGUUGCCCCAACUAGCUCUAUUGCUUCGAGCACCUCCGCAUCUUCGACUAGCGUUGUAGCGUCGAGCACCUCCGUCACCCCUACCUCGACUGCCGGCUCAUCCUGCCAGCAACUUGCCAGCAGUGGUACUACUACUGAUGGAUACACAAUCGAGUGCGGCACUGACCGUUCCGGUGGUGAUUUGAGCGCUGCCCCAGCCUCUUCUUUCUCUGGAUGCAUUCCAAUCUGCAAAGCCACUGCUGGCUGCGUUGGCUUUUCGUACGUUGGCGGCUCCAACGCUGGCACGUGCUACCUUAAGAGCAGUAUCACUACUGCUUCUUCCAACUCCAACGUGGAUACUGCUGUAAUGCUAUCAGGUGGCUCCUCCUCUUCAAGCUCUGUUGCCUCGAGCACCUCCUCAUCUUCCACCAGCGCUGUGGCCCUGAGCACCUCGUCCUCUACUAGCACUAUCGUCCCGAGCACCUCCUCAUCUUCCACCAGCACUGCGGCCCUAAGC